AUGGGUCGGAGGAGAGCACCAGAGGGUGGGACACUUGGCCGGACUCUUAUCCGCCAGCAAGUUCAACGGAGCCGUAGCCACCGCCACACGGACUCCUGGCUGCACACAAGUGAACUCAACGAUGGCUAUGAUUGGGGUCGACUUAAUCUUCAGUCCGUGACUGAACAGAGUUCCCUGGAUGACUUCCUUGCCACUGCGGAACUUGCCGGAACAGAGUUUGUAGCUGAGAAGCUUAAUAUUAAAUUUGUGCCUCCUGAGGCCAGAACUGGACUACUAUCUUUUGAGGAGAACCAGAGAAUUAAGAAACUCCAUGAAGAAAACAAACAGUUCCUAUGUAUACCAAGGAGACCAAAGUGGGACCAAAAAACUAGUCCAGAAGAACUCAAACAGGCAGAGAAAGAUAACUUUCUAGAAUGGAGACGUCAGCUUGUCUGGUUGGAAGAGGAACAAAACCUGAUAUUGACACCAUUUGAAAGAAAUUUGGACUUUUGGCGCCAACUCUGGAGGGUGAUUGAGAGAAGUGAUAUUGUGGUCCAGAUAGUAGAUGCUCGAAAUCCACUCCUGUUUAGGUGUGAGGAUUUGGAGUGUUAUGUGAAAACCAUUGAUGACAACAAGGAGAAUGUUAUUCUGGUGAAUAAGGCAGACUUGUUGACUAUCGAGCAGCGGAGUGCCUGGGCUGAAUUCUUCGAAAAAGAAAACGUGAAGGUCAUUUUCUGGUCAGCUUUGGCUGAAGCCAUUCAGCUGAUGGCUAACUCUGAGGAAGAAGUAAACGGAGACACUGGAGAAGCUAUCACAGCCGAGUUUGAAAACUCCAGUUGCGACGAAGCUGAAAUUCUACACGAAGAGACUGAACAUCUUUCACUUGGUGCAGUUGCCAGUAGUGAAGAAGAAGAGAGUGAGUAUGAGGACUGUCAGGAGGAGGAAGAGGACUGGCAGACGUGUUUGGAAGAUGGCAGUAGCCCUGAUGAGGAAGCCUAUGGCCAGGACUGCAAGGAGGCCCAUACUCUGGAUUCUGAGGCUCAGGAAAGGAAAACCCCGCAGAAGAGGCAAAUACACAAUUUUAGUCACUUGGUAUCAAAGCAGGAGUUACUUGAGGUCUUUAAGCAGCUGCACUCUGGAAAGAAGGUGAAGGAUGGACAACUUACUGUUGGACUGGUGGGCUAUCCAAAUGUUGGUAAGAGUUCAACAAUCAACACCAUCCUAGGCAACAAGAAGGUAUCUGUGUCUGCUACACCUGGUCACACCAAGCAUUUUCAGACACUCUAUGUAGAACCUGGCCUCUGCCUGUGUGACUGCCCAGGCCUGGUGAUGCCAUCCUUUGUCUCUACCAAAGCUGAGAUGAUUUGCAGUGGAAUCCUCCCAAUUGACCAGAUGAGAGAUCAUGUCCCACCUGUAUCACUAAUAUCCUUGAAUAUUCCAAGACAUGUUUUAGAAGCUACUUAUGGCAUUGACAUCAUAAAGCCUAGAGAAGAUGAAGAUCCCCAGCGACCUCCAACAUCAGAAGAACUGCUAACGGCUUAUGGAUGUAUGCGAGGAUUCAUGACAGCACAUGGACAGCCAGACCAGCCUCGAUCUGCGCGCUACAUCCUGAAGGAUUAUGUCAAUGGCAAACUCCUGUACUGUCAUCCUCCUCCUGGCAGAGAUCCUGUGACCUUUCAGUACCAACACCAGCAGCUCCUGGAGAAAAAAGUGAAUGGUGGGGAAAUAAAAAUGCAGGUGGUUAGAAAUAAAAAGGCACAUCAGAUUGAAAAUAUAGUGGAUAAAACUUUUUUCCAUCAGGAAAAUGUGAGAGCUCUGACCAAAGGAGUUCAGGCUGUGAUGGGCUACAAGCCUGGGAGUGGCUUGGUGACAGCAGCUGCUGUGAGCUCUGAGAGGGGGGCUGGAAAGCCCUGGAAAAAACAUGGCAACAGAAAUAAAAAAGAGAAAAGCCGCAGACUCUAUAAGCACCUGGAUCCAUGA